AUGGGGAAGAACGUGGACUUUGGGGGGAAAGGAUUUGGGGUUGUGGGUGGGGAGCUAUCCCACGAGCCUUGGACCAGGGCCGCACCUCCCGUGCUGGCCACACGAGCCCGUGGCCGGGCCCGGGAAUGGGUAACAAGGUCGCCGGAAUGUUACGUUCUCUUCCCGAAAGCUGAGAGGCGUGGAGUACCGCUUAUCUGUGAUGACAGCUUCCUGGUGUUUGGCUUGCCGAAAGCUGAUAAAUUACUAGUCCUAACGGUCGCAACAGAAGAGACGGAUGGAUUUCAUCGGUUUAUGCAGUCGGCCAGAUAUUUCAACUACACUGUGAAGGUCCUCGGCCAGGGGGAAGAGUGGAGAGGAGGCGGUGGGACCAACAGCAUUGGAGGGGGUCAGAAGGUGAGGUUGCUGAAGGAAGCCAUGCCGCACUACGCCACCCAAGAGGACCUGGUCAUCUUCUUUACGGAAUGUUUUGAUGUCAUAUUUGCCGGUGGCCCCGAGGAAGUGCUCAAGAAGUUCCAAAAGUCCAACCACAAAGUCGUCUUCGCGGCCGAUGGAAUUCUGUGGCCGGACAAGAGACUGUCAGACAAGUACCCUGUGGUGCACAUCGGGAAGCGGUACCUCAACGCCGGAGGGUUCAUGGGCUACGCUCCGUACGUCAGCCGCAUGGUGGCGCACUGGAGCCUGCAGGACAAUGACGAUGACCAGCUCUUCUACACCAAGCUGUACAUUGACGCUGGAAAAAGGGAAGCCCUCAACAUCACAUUGGACCACAAAUGCAAAAUCUUCCAGACCCUAAACGGAGCUGUAGAUGAAGUGGUUUUGAAAUUUGAGAACGGCAAGACACGAGUCAAGAACACAUUCUACGAAACGCUGCCAGUGGUGAUCAACGGGAACGGCCCCACUAGUAUUCUCCUGAAUUACUUUGGGAACUACGUGCCCAACUCCUGGACGCAGGACAGUGGCUGCACCGUCUGUGACUUGGACACCGUUGAUCUGUCUGCGGCGGACGUGCUGCCGAAUGUGACCUUAGGCGUUUUUAUUGAGCAACCAACGCCUUUCCUACCUCGAUUCCUGGACCUGUUGUUGACUCUGGAUUACCCCAAAGAAGCACUGAAGCUCUUCAUUCAUAACAAAGAAGUGUAUCAUGAGAAGGAGAUCAAGGUGUUUUAUGAUAAAGCUAAACAUGAGAUCGGCACCAUAAAAAUAGUAGGACCAGAAGAAAAAUUAAGCCAAGCGGAAGCCAGAAACAUGGGAAUGGAUUUCUGUCGCCAAGAUGAAAAGUGCAAUUACUACUUUAGUGUGGAUGCCGACGUGGUUUUGACCAAUCCAAAGACUCUAAAAAUCUUGAUUGAGCAAAACAGGAAGAUCAUCGCUCCUCUGGUCACCAGGCACGGGAAGUUGUGGUCUAACUUCUGGGGCGCCCUGAGUCCCGACGGGUACUACGCCCGUUCCGAGGACUACGUGGACAUCGUGCAAGGCAAGAGAGUAGGAGUCUGGAACAUUCCAUACCUGGCUAACGUGUACUUAAUCAAAGGAGAGACGCUGAGGUCAGAGAUGAACGAGAGGAACUACUUUGUGCGUGACCGACUGGACCCAGACAUGGCUCUUUGCCGGAAUGCCAGAGAAAUGGGUGUGUUUAUGUACAUUUCUAAUAGACAUGAGUUUGGACGACUGUUGUCGACGGCCAACUACAAUACUUCGCACUACAACAAUGACCUGUGGCAGAUUUUUGAAAACCCCGUGGACUGGAAGGAAAAAUACAUCAACCGGGACUAUUCAAAGAUUUUCACUGAAAACAUAGUGGAGCAGCCCUGUCCCGAUGUCUUCUGGUUCCCUAUAUUUUCCGAGAAGGCCUGCGAUGAGCUGGUGGAGGAGAUGGAGCACUACGGACGCUGGUCGGGGGGAAAGCAUCACGACAGCCGCAUCUCGGGCGGCUACGAGAACGUGCCCACGGACGACAUCCACAUGAAGCAGGUGGACCUGGAGAGCGUGUGGCUGCACUUCAUCCGAGAGUUCAUCGCUCCGGUCACCCUCAAGGUCUUCGCCGGCUACUACACGAAGGGGUUUGCGCUAUUGAAUUUUGUGGUGAAGUAUUCUCCCGAGAGGCAACGGUCUCUCCGUCCGCACCAUGAUGCCUCGACCUUCACCAUCAACAUCGCCCUCAAUAACGUGGGAGAAGACUUCCAGGGAGGCGGAUGCAAAUUCUUGCGGUACAACUGCUCCAUCGAGUCCCCAAGGAAAGGCUGGAGCUUCAUGCACCCCGGGAGGCUCACACACCUGCACGAGGGGCUGCCCGUGCGAAACGGCACCAGAUACAUCGCCGUGUCCUUCAUCGACCCCUGAGUCACCGCCCUGCCUCUCCUGCGAUUUCCCCUUGGAUCGGACGUCUGGUGCAGACAACGUCUUUGAGGAAAUGAGAGGAACACUUGAGUAACGCCAACUCAACAACUUUGCUUUGGGCCAAACAUUUGAGACGUUUGAAAAAAUACAUAUAUAUAAAUGUACUUAUAUAUGUAUAGCAGAAAAAAUAGGUUUGCUUCUCAGUGUCUGCUCUGAGCCUUAAGACACAGGUUGAAGAAGAGAAGAAAAAAAAAGUAAUUUAUUUCUACGCCUGACCGUCUCUGAUAAGCGGCGGCAACUUCCUGAAUCUGGGUUUCCAGCUGCUCAGGGAUUCAGGUACCAGUAUGCAAAGCCGCGAGUGACGUCUAAUAAUAUUUUAUUUAAGAAAAGCUCGAGAAGAAUUUUAUUUAUAAAUCUAUGGGGUGGGGGUGGGGGAAUGCUAAAAAGCAAAACAGGAUAGAGACACAGACGAGCCCGUGGUGAGCCCGGAAGCCCGGCUCUGGCUGAGGUCAUGGUC